ACCGAGCCUGCAACAUUUUCAUAUUUUCACAGACAUUGUCAAGGAGCUAAUGGCUAGUCGAAAUACGAAACCUAAGGCAACAAAGCAAGUAGCUAUUAGAACAGCUCAAUCUGCACCAGCGAGAUCAAGUAGAAAUCUGAGUUCUCAGACAGCUCGAGAAGUGCCUAACAGUGCUAGCAGAUCGCUAAAUACAGUUUCUUCUAGAAAGUUUCCAUGCAAUAAUUGUGAUAAAAGCUUUACUUUACAAACGGAACUUUUACAGCAUAGUAGAGAUAAACACGGAACCAAACCGCCUGGAAGCAAUGUGCACAAUUCAAACUUCAGAAUGCCAGAUAACAAACAAACCAAUGUUAUUAAAUGUUCUUCUUGUACAAGACAGUUUUCUGCUCCAUGUAAGCUAGAACAACAUCGCAAAGACAAGCAUCAAGCCAACCAGUCUACGAAAGUUCCUUCUUUUCAAAACAAUCAUCAGCAAAACACACUAACAUUCAGCUGUGUCUUCUGUCCAAAACGAUAUUCAUCUGGUCGUGAUUUAACGCAGCACACGAAAGACAAGCAUAAAAUCGACGUGAAGGAUUUAAAUCACUCAGUCAAGUCGACUAGCAACGGAAAAAGUCUCAAUGGAGUGAAAUGUAUUUCAUGCCCUCAAAGCUUUGCAAAUGCGAGUAAGUUGUCUCAUCAACGGGAUAGACAUAAAGUUGAUCCGCCUACUGUAAAAUGCGGAGCACCGAGACAUCCCUACAACUGUUCAAUAUGCUCCAGUCAGUUUGAAACACACGAUGCGUUAUUGCAGCAUACCAAGGACAAACACCUAGCAAAGCAACUCAACGAUUCUAUUCACGUAAAAAGAAAAUCAGAAAACCACGAAUUUCACCUGGCACAACAUAUCAAAGACAAACAUAAUAUAGAGCAAACAAGAAAACCUGAGCCAAGUCAAGCAACAGCUAAAGUAAAGUCUGGUAAGGUUGUAACACAAGAACAAUUUGCAUUGAACAGGAAGAAAGUUAUUGACGAAUACUAUGCUAAAAAGGUAGAUAUUGACAAAGAUGAAAAGAAAAUAUCCGUUGAACUUGUAAAUGACACAUUAGCUAAAAUAAUGAAACAUGUAAAUGGCCAAAAAGGCGGAGAUAUAUAUUGCCCGAACCACAGAAAGGCUGGUAGUUUCCCGGUGAACACAAAAAUCGGAAAACCAGACGAAUUCGAUACCAAUAUCUGUUUAAAAUUAGAACAACAAGAUGUGAAGGUCAGUCGCGGAAAAUCUAUACACUACACCUAUGGUGAAAGCGAGCAUGCCACAAACAUGAAUAUUAAAUGUGAACUAAGUAAAACAGGAAGUGCUGUCAAGGCCCCUAAUAGUUACGCUAUAGCAUCUACCACUUGUGACAAAGUACCAGGCGAACUAUUGCAUGGAAAUGAUCUUGUCCCAAGGGAAAUUCGUUAUGAUUUAUAUCAAAAGAUCAGAACUGCAAAGGAUAAAUUAGGGGAAUUGAAUUAUGUAGAUCUUAGUAGGAACGCCCAUGGACCUGCUUUGACGCUGACCAUCCAUCCACCAAAGCGGUAUAAGAUACAGCAUGAUAUAAGUGUUGACAUAACGAUAUCUUUGCCUUGCGGUAUUCCGAUAGAAAAAUGGCCACGCCGUGAAACUAAACGGGCGUUUAGCGAACCGCUCAUAAAAGAUGUGAAAGAAACUGGAACUCACCUGGUACCUAAGAAGGAUGAAUUUUGGGCUGUUUCGUACUCAAAGGCGGAAAGGGCACUGUUCUCACGAUUGGACGAGGGAAACGGAUGUAGGAAAUUUGUUUACAAGAUGUUGAAGAAGUACAUGCAAAGUUGUAAAUCACGUUCGCCAAGCGGACUUCGCGGGUUGUCAUCACAUAUCUUAAAGACGCAGUUACUUUGGUCAUGUGAGCGACAUACGUCUCCAGAGUUCUGGCAUCAUAACAACCGGGAUGUUUGCCUUGUUGAAACAUUGAGAGAUUUGGAGACAACUCUGAGGAGUGGACAUUUAUCAGAUUAUUUUGAUACCAGUGUUGACAUUCUUAAAGGGAAAGAUAAUAGUGUGUGCUUAGAACUCGCAAACUAUCUACGUGAUAAAAAGUGCGAGCUCGAGCAGUGAUGUCUGUCUAUGUAUACAAUGUAAAUAUUAUGUGCCUUUGAUCCUAUUUGUAACAUUUAAACUUGAACCUUUAAUAUUUUAUGGGUCUAAUACCAAAACUUAUCCUGUAAUUAGGCAUUAUUCGAAGACACCCUUAAAGUAAACAAAACUACAACAAUAAAAGAGACAAAAAAAAAAACAAAACAAAAAACAAAAACAAAAAACUUUUUCUUUUGAGUUUCUCAUCCUUUUCAGCAUACCAUAAUCUUAAUUUUCACAUAAUGUAAACGUGUUUCUUUUAUUGGUUAACUAAUUUGUAAAGAUAAUAAUGUGUGCUUAGAACUCACAAACUAUCUAUGUGAUAAAAAGUGCGAGCUCGAGCAGUAAUGUCUGUCAAUGUAGACAAUGUAAAUACAAUGUAUUAUGUAUUUUUGCUCGUAUUUGUAACAUUUACCUGUACAUUUAAUUUGAACAUGGCUCAACUACCAACAAUAUCAUGUAAAGACAUUAUAGUUGUAAAAACGUAGCAUUUAUUAAGAACAUAUCUUUAGCCGUGUUCUAUAGUGGUUUAGAUGUCUGCCUUCCCACUCCUGUUUCUAAUGUUGGAUCUUACUCAGUUCACGAACAUAUUACCCUAUAUUAUGUCAGUAAUCGUUGGAUUUAGAGAAAGGAUAUCAAUUGCAGUAAUUGGUUUCACAAUAAUAAUAUGAUUAAAAUAGACAUGUCUGAAUCUAUAAUUUACCUUCCCUGCGUCAUUAUGGUGCAGAAAAUGUUGAUCAAUUCACACCUUAGAAGCGAUAUAAACGAAACAAGACACACAUAUCUUAAUUACAUGAUUUUAAACUCAUGAUCUAUUAAACAAUUUGACAUAACACUUAUAAAAAUGCUUUUAGGUAUAUUGGCUACGCAUUUAGAAAAAUAUACAUUUUCCCCAUGGUUGGAGGUUAAUGUAAAGAUACAGCUAUUCUACUGAAGAUUGUCUGAAGCAACAAAUACUUUUACGAGCAAUUUAAAACACAUGUACAUAUGGGCUUGAAGUCUAACAGAGCUAACCCUUACUUUGAAUUGCCUACAUUUAUAUUUGAACUUUUGUUUGAAAACGAUACUUUUGUACAAUUUUAAUUUAAUUGAAUAUUGACUAACUUAAAACGGUAUAAAGGUUCUAUCUUCAAAGAGGCAUACUUUUCUCAUUCAAAUUGAUACGUGUCCUGUGAUAAAUUUUAUUUCUAACUUAUGUUACACAAUCAUAGCAACCAUAAUAAAAAGAUGUAGUCCA